GAAACACUGCCACCAGGACACACAACAACAAUUCCAGUAAACUGGAUGUUAAAAUCACCACCUGGACACUUUAGGCUCCUCCUACUAUUACGUCAACAGGCCAGGAAUGGAGUUACAGUGUUGGCUGGGGUAACUGACCCAGAGUAUCAAGAUGAAAUCAGUCUACUACUCCACAAUAAAGGUCAUCUGAAAGAGAAGAUGGAGGGAGCACGUCUAGGUCUUCCAGGAAGAGGUGAGAGUCUUGAACACCAAGUGCAAAGCCAUCUCAACAUGAUUGCCCAGAGUCAAAGGACAUUCCAGAAGAAAGGUGCUAGAAAAGACAUUAUUCUCAGCAAACUAACACAGGAACAGAAAACCAAACACUUCAUGUUCUUGAGCACAUUCAGAGUAGUUCAAUGCAUGACCAAAUUUGACAUUGACAUGAAGGAAUCUUUGGAGAAAGAGGAUGCUAGCAGUAGGGAAAAAGUGCUUGAAAUCUGGAAAGAAAAGAACUUUGUGGCAUUUAAGAAGGAAAAGGUAUAUUCUGAAGAUCUGGAGUGUAGGAUCAACGGGAAUUACCAGAGAGCCCGAUCCUCCCUAUUGAGCAACACGGAAUAG